AUGGCAUCUGGAAAUUCUCUAAUGGUAUCGAAUCAGAUGAGCUCCUCGUCUACUCCAAUCUCGGCGUCUGAAAGUUCCAACAUGAAUAAUGUAUCAUCUGAUGUUCCUCGUCAUCAUGGUGUAAUUCAUGGAGAAGCCCACCCCCCUCCAACUCAGCUCAUUAAAAUGAAUUCCCUGGUUGGUCCGUCAGUUGUAAGAAAGGAGAAACUUCAGACGUCAUCUCGGUUUAAUGCUCCUAAGAGCCGUGAAUUGGAGCCUUUGCCUUUAAUAAAAGAUGCGGACAGUCAAGAAAACCGUGAACAGCUAUUCAUCCAAAAAUUGCAACAAUGUUCUGUUGUAUUUGAAUUUGUACCGGAUUUAUUGAGUGAUUUGAAGGAUAAGGAGGUAAAGCGAGCAGCAUUGCAUGAGUUAACCGAAUACCUGACCGAGAAUUCUGGCAUAAUUACGGAUUCAGUAUAUCCAGAAGUAGUGCGUAUGGUAGAAGCCAAUCUGUUUCGUACAUUACCGCCACCAAGUAAUCCAUCUGGAGCAGAAUUCGAUCCUGAGGAGGAUGAGCCUACAUUAGAAGCUGCAUGGCCUCAUUUACAAUUGGUGUAUGAAUUCCUUCUUCGUUUCAUCGAAUCUCCUAAUUUUCAACCAAAUGUUGCCAAACGUUAUUUCGACACUAAAUUUGUUUUACAGCUCUUAGAAUUAUUUGACAGUGAAGAUCCUCGUGAACGUGAUCUUGUGAAAACUAUCCUGCAUCGUGUAUACGGCAAAUUUCUUGGAUUACGCGCAUUUAUACGUAAACAGUUUGGUAAUAUAUUUUACAAAUUCAUUUAUGAAACCGAAACACAUAAUGGUAUUGCAGAACUUUUAGAAAUUCUGGGCAGUAUUAUCAACGGAUUUGCGUUACCUUUGAAAGAAGAACACAAAGUAUUUUUGAUGCGUGUCCUCUUGCCUUUGCAUAAGGUGAAGUCAGUUAGUAUAUAUCAUGCUCAGUUGGCAUAUUGUGUUAUACAAUUUUUAGAAAAAGACCCAACGCUUACCCAGCAGGUUGUUCUAAGUUUGUUAAAGUUUUGGCCAAAAACACAUAGUCCUAAAGAGGUGAUGUUUUUGAAUGAAUUAGAAGAAAUCCUUGAUGUUGUCGAUCCAUCCGAAUUUCGAAAAGUUAUCAGGCCACUUUUUACACAGUUAGCUAAAUGUGUAUCAUCGCCUCAUUUCCAGAGUGUUGAUAACGUUGAUUUAAGUUAUGAAUUAAAUUACUGAAACCGAUCUCUCCUCUUGUAUUUGUACUUCAUAGUACUUUUUGAUAUAGAUUGAGCAAAACAUAUCGAUAAUAUUUGUAUUAUUCGUAUUAGGGUAGUGUAUAUACCGAUGUCCUGCUCUUGGUCUGCAUUAUUUGUCGGUGUGUAGCAUUGUUUGAUUGUAACUUUCAUUUCUUUUGAUUUGAAUCUUGCUAUCAUGAUCCUGGAGAACAUUGGUUCCCA